CUUUAUGCAAACUAUGUGACACAGUGACUCAUCUUCUCUCUUUUUUUUUUGAAUGCUUGGGCUUUCGAAAAUAACAACACCUUUUAGACUAUUUUAUAGAAUGACAAGUACUUUGAGCAAACCUACAUCACUCAUUAUUGAGCAGACGAAUCCUUUAGAAAACAGCAAGAAUGCAAUUUAUAGCGUCACAACAGGCAUGACUACAUUUCAUGAAUUCAUAUUGAAUUAUCCUAGAGGAGCAUACACUGGUAUGAGAACACUUGAAAGAAACGCAAUUGUUGAAUUCGACGCACACCUAAAGCGACUGACCAAUUCACUUGCCUUGCUCAAGUGGGACCACAAAGAUGACCAUAUCAACCAAGCCAUGGCAUCGUUCAAGGAUCCAACAGAGCUAAAAGGAAAACUAGUGCCUUUGCUCAAGAAAGGGCUUGAAUCGUUUUAUGAGCAAAUAAACACUGAGCAUGAGACCAAGGUAUCUGUCAUGAUUGCUUAUUCCUUCCAGGAGCAAAAGCCACGCUUUGCCGCUCACUUUACAAGGCUUGAUCCUAUUCUUCAAGAUCGUGUCAAGGUGCGACUUGAGUAUCGAUCGAGAUCAACGCCUGAAGUUAAGGAUUCGCGAUGGGUACGUGAGCGUGCGGACUUGGAGGAGAAUAAACCAAAGGACGUGAAUGAGAUCGUGUUGAUAGAUUCAGAAGAUAAGAUAUAUGAAGGGAUGGCGUCCAACUUUUUGGCCGUCAGAAGAGAUGAACAGGGACAGCCUGUAGUGAUGUGUGCAGGGCUAGAGCACGUUUUACUAGGGACUAUUCUGAGAUUAGUAGUAGAUAUCUGUGAAAAGCACCAUAUUACCUUUGACUGGAACUUUCCAAGAUUACAAGAUGCAAGAGAAGGCAAGUGGGAGGGAUGUUUUAUAACGAGCACAUCAAGAUUGCUUCUCCCUGUCGAGACAAUCUACUGUAGCCCUAAUGAAAAGUAAGAUGUGCUGUUUUGAAUACAAAGAAAAGACGUAUUCAUUUUUUCGUAUAGGGUUGAGUUUAAAGAGCAUUCAGAGAUCAUAGAAUUCCUUAGGCAACAAAUAGUGCAAGAGCUCGCAAGCACAGCGUAUAAAAUACUUUAAUAAACAUUGUACCUUUAACAAUGAAAUGUCAACCAAUAAUGAACCCUGGGCCACUUUUUUGUUUAAAAAUAGAUUAAUCUGAAUUUGAAGUGAUAAGAAGAGGAUAGAUAGUAACAGAAUAUAAUCAAUGGAUUAUUAUUACUAUGAUCUAAAUGAGCGUCUUGUUAGUAGGUCUCAUCCUUCGUUGUAUGUGUGUGUAAAAAAGCUGAAGGAAUUCAUUUUGCAGAAAUAGCUAAAUUUUCUAUCUUUUACCAUCGCGUCGCACAAAACUACCCUUUUUACCUAAAAC